UCUUUUCUGUCUCUCUUGCCAAUCAAUCAUGCAGUGCCAUCAUUUGCCGAAGGAUGACGAUGAUAGUGAUGAUUGCCACAAUCAGAUUCGAUUCUGACUGUUUGCUGUUACCAUCAUCAUUCAUUGAGGUCUAGAAACUAGUAAUUAACAAUGAGAGUGGUUGCACUGUUGCUGUUGCUUUCCGCUGUGCAGGGCUUUGCCGGCAAACCCCGCUUCUUCAAUUCUGGAAGCUGACCGUACGCCCAGAGGGCUUGGAUUGCCUUGGAGGAAUGUUCCGUAGACUAUGAAAAAGUCAAGGUGGAUUUGGAGCACAAAUCACCCGAGUUUGUCGAGCUGUACGCCAAAUCCAAUCCUCUUCCAGAUGCCCGGGCAAAAGUUCCCUUGUUGCAAAUGGACGAUGACACCAUUUUGUGCGAAAGUUUGGUUGUCAGCGAGUACGUGGUGGAAGAAUUUGGUGGUAGUCUCAUUCCGUCCUCCCCCAAGGACAGGGCCACCAUGCGGCUCUUUACCGAACUCUGCGGCUCCAACUUUGCCUAUUUUUCCCUCCUGCGGGCCAAGGAGGACAAGCUGGAAGCAGCACUCAAAACCUUUCAAGAAGGACUGGUAGCUACCAAUGCUUUUCUGAAACAUCACAGCAGUGGUGGGCCCUUUUUGCUAGGAGAGCAAUUCACAUUGGCCGAAGUGUCGGUAGCACCCUUUGUCCAACGAGCCUGCAUCAUCUUGCCGGCAUUUACCAGCAACACCAAUGUUGUGGUGAACCCCCGACAGAUUUGUGAUGAACUGGGCUUGGAUCAUCUCAAGGCAUGGAUUGAAGCCGUCAUGGCCAGACCCUCGGUGAUUGCCACUGGCGUCCCCGAAGAGGAUCUAGUCAAGGGGACCAAAAGGAUGUUGGAACGAUUUGCCGAAAUGGAAAAGAAAUUUGACUAAGUUGAUGGAGUUGGUGGAUGUUCUUUCCAGUACCGGUAGAGUUGUCUUUGGUGCUUCCCCGUUGCGGAUUGAAUGACGAGGUCCACUGGUUCAGAUGUGCUUUGUUCUCAUAAAUGGAGCACUGACGGGAACUCUGAUGAAGUGAUCACUUUGGGGGAGCAACACAUCAAUCUACUAGCACAGAUGACAAUCCACACUAAGUCUAGCAACACUGUUCAGUCUAACACAAACAUUAUGAUG